AUGUUGGAGAUCCAGCUGGACGAUGGCGGCGUGGGGGGCUACCCGGGCGACGACUACUGCUCGGGCUCGGUGAUGUCGGAGCGGGUGUCGGGCCUGGCCAACAGCAUCUACCGCGAGUUCGAGCGCCUCAUCCGCUGCUACGACGAGGAGGUGGUCAAGGAGCUGAUGCCGCUGGUGGUGACCGUGCUGGAGAACCUCGACUCCGUGCUGACCGACAACCAGGAGCACGAGGUGGAGCUGGAGCUGCUGCGCGAGGACAACGAGCAGCUCCUCACCCAGUACGAGCGCGAGAAGGCGCUGCGCAAGCAGGCCGAGGAGAAAUUUAUUGAAUUUGAAGAUGCACUGGAACAGGAGAAGAAAGAACUGCAGAUACAGGUUGAGCAUCUUGAAUUUCAAACACGACAACUGGAGCUGAAGACCAAAAACUAUGCAGACCAGAUUUCCAGAUUGGAGGAGCGGGAAUCAGAAAUGAAGAAAGAGUACAAUGCCCUUCACCAGCGCCACACAGAGAUGAUCCAAACUUACGUGGAACACAUUGAGCGAUCCAAGAUGCAGCAGGUUGCUGGAAAUAGCCAAAAUGAGAGUGGUUUACCUGGGAGAAGCAUGAAGAGGCGUCCCAAUUCUUUGAACAUCCCCCUCACAGAUGACAUGGUACGUGGGCAGGUGGGGGCCAAGAUCGCCCCCACAGUGGACCACUGGCACCUGAGUGACCUCGGCCAGCUGCAGUCCAACUCCGGCUACAAGUGCCCACCAGAUGAGAUGUCAGAAUCUGGGCAGUCCUCUGCAGCUGCCACACCAAGCACCACCGGCACCAAAUCCAACACACCCACCUCGUCCGUGCCCUCGGCUGCUGUCACUCCCUUGAAUGAGAGCCUUCAGCCUGUGAAUGAUUACAUCACAUCAAAGAACAACAAGAGAUCACGGGAGAAGCGGAACAGCCGGAACAUGGAAGUCCAGGUUGCCCAGGAGACAAGGAACGUGAGCAUAGGCAUGGGCAGCAGUGAUGAGGGGUCAGAUUUUCAAGAUAUCGACUCUACCCCGGAGCUGGACAUGUGUCAGGAUCCUCGGCUAGAGCGCACUGGAAACAGCCCCACACAGGGAAUAGUGAACAAAGCCUUCGGUAUCAACACCGACUCCUUAUAUACUGAACUUACUGAAGUGGGCUCGGAGGCUAUCGGGGACGUGGAUGAAGGCGCUGACCUGCUAGGGGAGUUUUCAGUACGGGAUGAUUUCUUUGGGAUGGGCAAGGAAGUUGGGAAUCUGUUGAUGGAGAACACGCAGCUGCUGGAAACUAAAAAUGCUUUGAAUAUUGUGAAGAAUGAUUUGAUCGCCAAGGUAGACCAGCUCACUGGGGAGCAGGAAGUGUUGAAAGGAGAGCUGGAAGCAGCAAAGCAGACAAAAACCAAAAUGGAAGCCAGAAUCAAGGAACUCGAAGAGGAGUUGAAAAGGGUGAAAUCAGAGGUGAUCAUUGCGAGGCGAGAGCCGAAAGAAGAGGUGGAGGAUGUAAGCAGCUAUCUCUGUACAGAAUUGGACAACAUCCCAAUUGCUCAGCGGCGGCGGUUCACCCGUGUGGAGAUGGCCCGGGUCUUGAUGGAGCGCAACCAGUACAAAGAAAGGUUGAUGGAGCUGCAGGAGGCGGUCCGGUGGACAGAGAUGAUCAGAGCCUCCCGGGAACACCCUUCUGUCCAGGAGAAAAAGAAAUCGACCAUUUGGCAAUUCUUUAGCCGCCUAUUCAGCUCCUCCUCCAGCCCCCCGCCAGCCAAACGGAGUUACCCAUCAGUGAAUAUACACUACAAAUCUCCCACGGCGGCUGGCUUCAGCCAACGUCGCAGCCACACCAUGUGCCAGAUCUCUGCUGGGAGCCGCACCCUGGAGUUCUUCCCAGAUGAUGACUGUACAUCAUCUGCACGGCGCGAGCAGAAACGCGAGCAGUACCGCCAAGUCCGGGAGCACGUGCGGAACGACGACGGCCGCUUGCAGGCUUGCGGGUGGAGCCUUCCUGCCAAGUACAAGCAGUUGAGUCCCAAUGGUGGCCAAGAAGACAACCGGAUGAAGAAUGUCCCAGUGCCGGUGUAUUGCCGCCCUCUGGUGGAGAAGGACCCAACCAUGAAGUUAUGGUGUGCCGCUGGUGUCAACCUGACUGGCUGGAAGCCUGUGGAAGCAGAGACUGGUAACGGACAGAAGCCAGAUCCAGGCUGCGACCCUCUGACCUGUGACAGAGAAGUAGAAGGCGAGAGCUGCAAGAGUAACCACGCAUCUCCAGAAAAGAAAAAGGCCAAAGAGCUGCACGAGAUGGAUGCUACAUCCAGCAGGGUAUGGAUUCUCACGAGCACCUUGUCCACAAGCAAAGUGGUGAUCAUCGAUGCCAACCAGCCCGGCACCGUGGUGGAUCAUUUCACCGUCUGCAAUGCCCACGUGCUUUGCAUCUCCAGCAUCCCAGCUGCCUGUGACACCGACUACCCUCCCGGAGAAAUCUUCCUGGAAGGGGAUGUGAACCCCGAAGAGUCCUCAGGAACGGAUGGCGUUCUGGCAGGCAUCACCCUGGUGGGCUGUGCAACCCGGUGCAAUAUACCCAGCAGCAGCUGCUCCUCCCGUGGAGAUACCCCCGUCCUGGAUAAAGGGCAGAGUGAGGUUCCUGCAGUAAGUAAUGGCAAGAUAAAUCAGUCCCAGUCCACUGAGGAAGCAACAGAAGCCACAGAGGUGCCAGAGAAUGGUGUGAACGAAACAGAGCCAGCCCACAUCCGGACAGGCCCGCUGACUGAGCAUGUCUUCACAGAUCCGACCCCAGCCCAGGCUCCUGUGAGGCAGAGCAGCGAGAAUGGACAGCUAAAGAUGGAGUCAAGCACCACAGCCCAGGACCAAGAGGCAAACGGCAAUGCAGCUGGCGCUACCACCAGUGCUGCCCCCACCAUGUGGCUCGGAGCACAGAAUGGCUGGCUGUACGUGCACUCGGCCGUCUCAAACUGGAAGAAGUGCCUGCACUCCAUCAAGCUGAAGGACUCUGUGCUGAGCUUGGUGCACGUGAAAGGGCGUGUCCUCGUGGCCCUGGCUGAUGGAACUCUAGCAAUAUUCCAUCGGGGAGAAGAUGGGCAGUGGGACCUGAGCAACUACCACCUCAUGGACCUGGGCCACACGCACCAUUCCAUACGCUGCAUGGCUGUGGUGUACGACCGAGUCUGGUGUGGCUACAAGAACAAAAUCCACGUCAUCCAGCCCAAGACGAUGCAGAUCGAGAAGUCCUUUGAUGCCCACCCCCGCCGGGAGAGCCAGAUCCGGCAGCUGGCCUGGAUUGGUGAUGGCGUCUGGGUUUCCAUCCGCCUAGACUCCACACUGAGGCUCUACCAUGCUCACAGCCAUCAGCAUCUCCAGGAUGUAGAUAUUGAGCCAUACGUCAGCAAAAUGCUUGGAACUGGAAAGCUGGGCUUCUCCUUUGUGCGGAUUACAGCCUUACUUAUCGCUGGCAAUCGUCUCUGGGUAGGAACAGGCAAUGGAGUCGUCAUUUCCAUCCCUUUGACUGAGACCGUAGUCCUCCACCGAGGCCAGCUGCUUGGGCUCAGGGCCAAUAAGACGUCCCCGACAUCAGGAGAAGGGAACCGCCCUGGUGGAAUCAUUCACGUGUACGGCAGUGACGAUGGCAGCGACAAGUCCACCAGCAGCUUCAUCCCGUACUGCUCCAUGGCGCAGGCCCAGCUUUGCUUCCACGGUCAUCGCGAUGCAGUCAAAUUCUUUGUCUCUGUGCCUGGGAACGUUCUUGCAACACUAAACGGGAGUGUGCUGGACAGUCCCUCCGAGACCCCCAGCACGGCCACCAUCGAGGCAGAGGGGCAGAAGCUGAAAAAUGCCCUGGUUCUGAGUGGUGGCGAAGGCUACAUCGAUUUCCGGAUUGGAGAUGGAGAAGAUGAUGAGACGGAGGAAAAUGCUGGAGAUGCUGCCCAGGUCAAACCGGUGCUUUCCAAGGCCGAACGAAGCCACAUCAUUGUGUGGCAAGUUUCCUACAUCCCGGAAUGAGCGUCCUCCUUUCUUUUUCUGCCAGUGUAACUUUCUUCCCCCACCAAUCCCCAAACUCCCUGAAUGCCAAGAUGUACAUACAGAACUCCUGCAUUACUCCUUCUGCUGGAAAACCCAACCCAGAUGAUGGAAACAGCUCCUGCACCAGACAGAAGUUCCCCUCCUCCAACU